AUGGCGGCGUCCAAGACUCCGCAGCAGAUACCCCUCGGCAGCUCGGUCCCCGCCCUCACCAACCAUGCCAUCUCCGUCUCCCUCCCCCUCUGGGAAGACAACAUUGGAUACGAAGAGGGCGACCCCCGCGUAGUCGGCCGCAUGGUGACUGGCUACCCCCGCUUCUUCAUCCACCGCUCUAUCCAGAAGCUGCAGGCCCUCCUCCUGUCAAAGUUUGGACACGAGGGCGAGGCAUGCAUGCUCUUUCCCUCGCCCCGCAUCGCCAGCGAGGCCCGCGACUUCCUCGCCUCCCGCUCCCCGCCCGUCGCAUCCCGCACCGUCGAGUACGUCGUUACGCCUGGCGCCAAGAGCCUACCCUCUGCGCGCCAGAGCGAUAUCGACUGCAUCGAGCUCCAGAUUCUCUUUUUUGCCAAGGACGACUUUCCCGCCGCAAAGCAGUUUUGGCAGCACACGGGCGACGGCAUUACGAGCCGACAGGCUGAGCGUGCCCUCGCAUUCCUUGGCGAGGCGCCGGCUGGCGCCUCUGCGCCCGCGGCGUGCCAGACGGGCAAGCCGGUGACGGGCCGUAACCGUCACUAUGCGCGCGACUCGCGCUACUCGACCCCCCAGACGCCGACGACGCCAACGAGUCCGAAUCCCGAGGAGGAGAAGACGAUUAGCGUGCCCGAGGAGGUGGCCGCCGCCGACCUCGGAACUUACCUCGAGGAGCGGUACGGGCGGAAUCUGCCCCUGUUCAAUGCUCCGCUCGCAAAGCAGGCGCUGCGAAGGCGCAUCGCCGGUGGACUGUUGCCGAACGACGCUGACUUCGACGGCGAUGCACACAUCAAGCGCGGAGAGGUCACGCCCGACGAUGUCUACCUGUAUCCGGGAGGUAUGAGCGCAAUCUGGCAUGCGCACGAUGUUGCUCGCCGUGCGCGCCGCAACGAGGGCAAGCCCGAGGGCAUCUCCUCCUGUUUUGGCUUUCCCUACACGGACACGCUCAAGAUUCUGUCCAAGUGGGGGCCUGGAUGCGAAUUCUUCGGCAUUGGCGACGACUCGGAGCUCGACAAGCUUGAACAGCUGCUCGACCAGCAGGAUCCCAGCGAGCCGCUGCUCGCGCUCUUUUGCGAGUUUCCGUCUAAUCCCCUCGUCCGCUCUCCCGACCUGAAGCGCAUUCGCCAGCUUGCCGACCAGCACGGCUUCCUCGUUGUUGUCGACGAAACGAUUGGCAACUUUAUCAAUGUUGACGUCAUGCCGUACGCGGACGUGGUCGUGAGCAGUCUCACCAAGAUCUUCUCUGGCGACAGCAAUGUCAUGGGCGGAUCGUUGGUGCUCAACCCCAAGUCGACUGCGUACGCCUCUCUGAAGAAGGUCAUGGCCGAAAGCUACGAGGACAAUUACUGGCCCGAGGAUGCAGUCUACAUGGAGCGCAACUCGCGCGACUAUCGCGGACGCAUUGCGCGCGUCAAUGACAAUGCCUAUGCCAUUACCGACUAUCUGCACUCGCGCAGCUUGGCUUCAGGUCCAGGUGAUAACAAGGUCAUCAAGAAGGUCUACUACCCGCGGUGGGAGACGCCGGAGAAUUAUGCUGCAUGCAAGCGCGAGCCAACGGCCGGCAAGGGCGGAUUCGGCGGUCUCUUCAGUAUCACAUUCACCGACCCGGCGGCGAGCCGCGCCUUCUACGACUCGCUCCCGUGCGCCAAGGGCCCCAGUCUCGGUACGAGCUUCACGCUCGCGUCGCCGUACACCAUUCUUGCACAUUAUGCCGAGCUGGACUGGGCGGCGUCGUUUGGCGUCGAGCCAGACCUCGUGCGCAUCUCGGUCGGACAAGAGGACGAGGCGACGCUGCGCGCCUGGUUUGAAACAUCCGUCAGGGCCGCCGAGGACGCCGUCAUGGCCAAAAAGUAA